AUGCCCAGCAAUCGUGUGUCGGCGACGUCGGCAUUUCCAUCGAUUUACGCCGCGCCGGCCAACGGCGCACAGGCAGUUGGCCCAUUUUCCGCUCGAUGCAGGAGUAGAGACGACCCGCCUCGCUCCCUUCACUCUCUAUGUUCGUCUCGCCACGGCUCCCUCAAAAAAUCGAAAACGCGGUCACUGAGGCUCACUCGCUGCCGUGCUUUCGACUGCCUUCAAUGGAAAACCAACGAGCAGCAACAACUUCAAGGAGGCCUCCGGAAACGAGUAAAUGUUGCACACAAUGACAUGUCAGGUUAG